AUGGAUAACAAUUUCAGUUCCUAUGAUUCUUCUAGCUUCAACAGAAAACAUCAUCACGAAGUUAAAGAAGAUUAUACAUCCUCUUCAUCUUUCAAUCUAAGGAAUAUUUCAAAACUCAUUCUUCCACCACUUGGUGUUUCUAGAGACAAUCAAGUUUACUCAAGAUGGAUCAUUUCACCAAUGGAUUCUAGAUACAGGUGUUGGGAAAGUUUUAUGGUUGUUUUGGUAGCAUAUUCUGCAUGGGCUUAUCCCUUUGAAGUUGCUUUCAUGCAUUCUUCUCCAAAUAGAAAACUGUAUAUUGUGGACAAUAUUGUUGAUCUUUUCUUCGCCAUUGAUAUUGUUAUGACAUUCUUUGUGGCAUUCAUUGAUGGAACUACUCAUCUUCUUGUCAGAAAUUCCAAAAAAAUUGUUGUUAGGUACUUAUCAACAUGGUUCAUAAUGGAUGUGGCAUCAACAAUACCCUACGAAGCCAUAGCCUAUAUUUUAACAGGCAAACACAAAUUGGGCCUCCCUUACUUCCUCUUGGGAAUGCUCAGAUUUUGGAGAAUCAGACGUGUCAAACAAUUCUUCACAAGGCUUGAGAAAGACAUCAGAUUCAGCUAUUUCUGGGUCAGAUGUGCCAGGCUUCUUUCUGUCACACUUUUUUCAAUCCAUUGUGCUGGCUGUCUCUAUUACAUGCUUGCUGAUAGGUAUCCUCAUCAAGGAAAUACAUGGAUUGGAGCUGUCAUUCCGAAUUUCAGAGAGACUAGUCCUAGAACCAGAUACAUUUCAGCCAUCUACUGGUCCAUCACCACCAUGACAACCGUUGGUUAUGGCGAUCUUCAUGCUGUCAACACCAUGGAAAUGAUUUUUAUUAUUUUCUAUAUGCUCUUCAACCUUGGACUAACCGCUUACUUGAUUGGUAACAUGACGAAUCUUGUAGUCGAAGGAACUCGUCGAACCAUGGAAUUCAGAAAUAGCAUUGAAGCAGCAUCGAGCUUUGUGUGCCGAAAUAGGUUGCCUCCGAGGUUAAAAGAACAGAUCCUUGCUUACAUGUGUUUGAGAUUUAAAGCGGAGAGAUUGAAUCAGCAUCAGUUAAUUGAACAGCUUCCGAAAUCAAUUUGCAAAAGUAUUUGCCAGCAUUUGUUUUUUCCAACUGUGGAGAAAGUCUAUCUCUUCAAAGGCGUCACGAAAGAAAUCCUUUUGUCCCUAGUUGCGAAAAUGAAUGCGGAAUAUAUACCACCUAAAGAGGAUGUUAUAAUGCAGAAUGAAGCACCAGAUGAUGUUUACAUUAUAGUUUCAGGAGAAGUGGAGAUCAUUGAUAGUGUUAUAGAGAAAGAGAGAGUUUUAGGGACUUUAACAAGAGGAGACAUGUUUGGAGAAGUUGGUGCACUUUGUUGUAGGUCUCAAAGCUAUACAUAUAGAACCAAGACUCUCACACAACUUCUGAGGUUGAAAACCAGUGCUCUUAUAGAAGCAAUGCAGAUUAAACAAGAAGAUAAUAUACUAAUACUAAAAAAUUUCCUUCAGCAUUAUAAGCAGCUUAAGGAUUUGACUAUCAAAGAUUUAAUGGUGGAGAAUGUUGAAGAAGAGGAUCCUAACAUGGCUGUGAAUUUGUUAACUGUGGCCGGAACAGGUAAUGCUGCUUUUCUUGAGGAGCUUCUAAGAGCUGGUUUGGAUCCUGAUAUUGGUGACUCAAAAGGGAAAACUCCUUUGCACAUAGCAGCAUCAAAUGGACAUGAAGAGUGUGUUAAAGUCUUGCUCAAACAUACAUGCAACAUACAUAUAAAAGAUAUGAAUGGUAACACUGCACUAUGGUAUGCUAUUGCUUCAAAACAUUACUCAAUCUUCAGAAUCCUCUAUCAGCUUUUUGCCCUUUCUGAUCCAUACACAGCAGGAAACCUCCUAUGUCUAGCAGCAAAAAGAAACGAUUUAACCAUAAUGAACGAGCUUUUAAAGCAAGGACUAAACAUCGACUCGAAAGAUGGACACGGCACGAAAGCCAUACAAAUUGCUAUAACAGAAAAUCUUGUUGACAUGGUUCAGUUGCUUGUUAUGAAUGGCGCGGAAGUUGCUGAUAUACAUACUCAUGAAUUUUCUGCAUCCACCUUAAAUGAGCUACUUCAGAAACGUGAAAUCGGACAUCUAAUUAAUGUGAAUGAGGAAAUGCCUAGUGAGUUUGUAUUAAAGGGUGAUAAUCAAGAAGAACAUAAACAAAUUAGGGGAAGAUAUAAUGGAGUAGAGUUUCCAAGAGUAAGUAUAUAUAGAGGUCACCCUAUAGUGAGAAGAGAAAAAGAUUUGAAUGAAGCCGGAAAGUUAAUAAAGUUGCCUGAUUCAUUAGAAAAGCUCAAAACUAUCGCAGGUGAAAAAUUUGAGUUUGAUGCAAGAGAUGCAAUGGUGACAAAUGAAGAAGGAGCAGAAAUAGAUAGUAUUGAUGUGAUAAGAGAUAAUGAUAAACUUUUUAUUGUUGAAUAG